AUGAGCGUUAGUGACAAGCUGGACGAGGCCGAUUCCAGAGGUCGUCCAUCCAGCAGAUGGUGGGAAGCCGAUUCAACCGGGACAGCGGGCAAGCUAGUCGAAAGAUCCAAGCGUGAAUCCAAGUAUAUGGGCGUGCCGAAAGAAGCUCGAGAGGCUCUGCAGUGGAUGGACAGUCCUCAGACGCAGGCAAACCCUAGCGACGGGCGAAGUUCCAGCGAGUAUCCCCCGGAGAAAAUGGGAUGGCAUGAGCCCGACUCGGCAUCGACACCGCAGCAGCUGCGAUACUCUGCACAAUCUCUUGCUUCAUCCGGCUCACCCACAACUCCAAACCCAGCCCAUUUGGACGUGUCUCGCCUGGUCACCCUUCCGCCGCCCUAUCCUCGCCACCACCCGGCCGUGAACAACAGCCAUCCUGAACUGACAGAGACAAGAACUGCCGUUCGCCAACUGAGCGACCUCUCAGAGGUCGGAGUUACAAAGGAAAGGUUCCAGGUGACCAGCAACAAGAAGAGAGAGGAGGCAUCCAAAGCUGCAGCCGAGCGCCGACAAGCCCUCAGAGUCAAUCUUCAGCAGGAAGUUAACGUCGGCAACAUGACAUUUGCGGAGGCAUCGGCCAUUGAGCAAGAUUCCGCGGCGGCGGAGAAGGACAAGCUCAAAGAGCUUGGAAGGACAGAGUUUGAGCAAUUCCAAGCCCAGGUUGUGAUGCCCCUGAACGAGCUCGUCACUGGCCGCAUCGCAAAAGCCACGACCUUGUUCGACAAGCUGGCCAGUGGCUUGUUCGAUAAUGUCUCCAGCACUGCUGAUAUGCCACAAGAAGAAGGCGACGACAAGCCUGAGCUUCUCGAGAAGCUAACGCUUCUCAAAUGGAUCUUCGAGGCCAGAGAGAUGCUACACCGAGCCAUCUACGAUGUGCUCACCGAACGCAACGAUCGUUACCGAGAGGUCGUGCUGACGCCAUAUCGGCUCGCCGGCAACCAGGAGAAACUACAGAACGCUGUCGCUUUCUUUGCUGAAGACGCUGCCAAGCGCGAGCUGGCGUUCGCUCACGAGGUCCUGGCCCGUACCCAGGAGUUUCAGGCUGUUGUCGAACAAAAUGUCAUGCGUGGUGUCGAGGUGCAGCUCUCGGCAUUCUGGGACAUUGCGCCUCCUCUGCGCAGACUGCUGGAAAAGAUACCGCCUAACCUGGAUGAUUUCAACAUCCAAAUACCGAUGUCCGAGUACGAGGAGAACCCCUCGUACCGUGCACACCCACUACAAUAUCUUUUCAGCCUGCUACUGCAUACGGAGAAGAGUACAUACCAAUUCAUUGAAUCACAGACAAACCUCCUUUGCCUCCUGCACGAGGUCAAGGAGGCCGUUACGCAUGCCAAAGCCAAGGCCGUGCAGAGCGAGGGCGAGAACGCAGACGGACGGGAGUACAGCGCCGAGGAGCGCGAAGCACGAGCGCAGCACCUGCGCCAGGAGGAAGGCCAGAUGUUGACAGAUGAUUUGAAGGAAAAGGUGCGCGUUGUCCAGGACCAGUGGAACAGCGCCCUCGGCGAGAACAUCAAGAACGUCAAACAGAUGUUGGGAGAACAUCUCCUGCAGACCGGAGGGUGGGAUGAGACGCUAGAAGAAGGAGGCGUGGGUAGUGUGUAA